GCAGGGCCGCGCGGGCACGGCGGUGCGGGGCGGCGCGGCGCCUGCUGCUGAGGUCUGCCCGCUUCUGUCCCCAGGGGAGCGGCCGGGAAGGUCAGAGACGGGGAAAGAUGAGAGACGCCGAGCUGCUUUCCAACGCUGACCGAGUGAGCGCCGAAGACUGAUGCAGAAAAUCAACAGGAACGUGGUUCUGGCUCUGCUGACCGCGACCAGCUUGGUUUUCCUCCUCUGCCAGCUGUACUAUUAUAAAUUCUACUUACCGCAGAAGAAUGGAGCAGUUUUUUCAAAAGGCAGAGGAAGCCAGUCGGGUCAAGACAGCGCUAGAUGGCAUGUGGUUAAGAAGUUCCUAGGUUUAAUAUCCAGUCAAAGUAUACCGGUGUAUUUAAUUGAUCCUUUGGUACUGGGACUGAUUGAUAAAGACAUCGAACAGAUCAGAAGUUCUUCUGAUGGCCCUAGCCCAGAAUGCAAGUAUUUCUGUGCUGCAGGCACAGACUUUACUACAUUUGCACUACUGGACAAAACAUGGAAACAUGAAAUGGACCUUUUUAGAACUGCUGAGAAAAUGGGGUUCCAGUGGCUAAAGAUUCUAAACAAAGACCCCCGGUUGGAUGGAAUGGAUGACCUGUCUGGGAUUGAAAUUCCCUUGCACUACAUCUUUAAACUGGCAUCUCAUGCUAUUCACCUCGUAGUUUUCUAUGAGAGGAGUGGCCACUACCUCUGGCAUGGCCCUUUGAGGCUCAAGCAACAUAUGGACAGAAAGUUUGUGCCUUUCCGGAAACUUCAUUUUGGUCGCUACCCUGGAGCGUAUGAAAAGCCUGAACUUCUGCUUGUUUCCAUUGAUGACUUAAAAGUUCAAAUUCCAAAAAAUCCAUCCAAUUUUCUUGAGGAGAUAUCACACUCUAGAUUUCUUGAAUGUAGGUACAGAGAAGCUCGAGCUUUCCUUCAGUUGUACCCUGAUGACGCCUCUUUUGAUGCAGUGGAGUUCAGAAAAAAAGCAAAAUCCUUGCUACAUCUGGCUGCCCUGACACUAAAUAACUUAGGAGUAAAGUUCUGGCUGAGCAGUGGAACCUGUCUUGGCUGGUAUAGACAGUGCAAUAUCAUUCCUUACAGCAAAGAUGUGGAUUUGGGGGUCUUUAUAAGGGACUACAAAGCAGAUAUCAUUCCAGCAUUUCAGAAAGCAGGAUUACCGCUGAAGCACAAAUUUGGGAAGGUAGAAGACAGCUUGGAACUCUCUUUCCAGGGAGAAGGUGAUAUAAAACUUGAUAUUUUUUUCUUCUAUGAAGAGGAUGACCACAUAUGGAAUGGAGGAACUCAGGCCAAAUCGGGCAAAAAAUUUAAGUAUCUCUUUCCAAAGUUUACUCUGUGUUGGACUGAAUUUGUAGAACUCAAAGUACAUGUACCCUGUGAAACCCUCCAGUAUGUGGAAGCCAACUAUGGCCCAGACUGGAGGGUUCCUGUGAAGACAUGGGACUGGAAGAGCUCACCAUCCAAUGUUCAAGAGAAUGGCAUCUGGCCUGUCGAUGAAUGGGAUGAUGUUAUUCAAAUCUACUGAUCACUGGGCUGUUAAUAGAGCAUGCUGGUAUCCUUGAAACGGUUUGUAAUUUACCUUUUCCUUAAGGUAUACAUUCCUUUUGUGAGGUCUCAUCUGUUUCCUGAGGAGACAUUUACCUUUUUCUGCUAAACAGUUACCUUCAUCAUGCAUUCUCCUAGACAAUUAAAGGAAAAAAUUAAAGGCUGGAUGUAGGAAUUAAAGAGAAGGCAGACUGCAAAGAAAAAGGUGCAUAAGGAAUGUAGAGAAAUAGUAUUGCAAUAAACUCAUGGGCAGUGAAUAUUUAAGUAAAAACCUCGGCCAAAUGACUUAGACUUUCUAGAGUUCAUCAAAAUUUUCUCCAGCUCAAGAGGCAGAUAGAAUGGACAAAUCCCAGACAAGUCCUCCUCCUCUUUUUUUUUUUUUUUUUUUCUUUUUCCUGAGAUGUCAUUUUCAAUUUUUGGCUCUUAAACACAGAAUUAUCCCCUACAGUGUGUAGCAGGUUGCUCUUGGAGUGGAACCUUUUUCAAUUGCACAGAGCCUAUGUAACCUGCUUUAGAUGUAGGCAGCUUUGGGAAACAGUGUAAUAAAUGACUGGGAGGAGGAGCUGAAAGGCCCGUCUACACUGGAGAUUUUCUUAGAACAGUUAUUCUUUUCAUAAACUAACCACUGCAUGCAAAUAUGGCAGAGAAUGUUACCUGCUUUUUUUCCUUCUGUUUUUUUUAAGAACAUGAAAAUGUAUGCAGCAAGGAGGUAUUUCACAUGAAAAAAGAUAAUUUAGAUUUGAUGUCCCAAUUAGUGUUCCUAAUGUACAAAUUGUGAGUUGAUUUUACCAAAUUAUAGCUAUAUGUGCUUUUUUACAGAUAGAAAUGGGUUAUUGAUAAAAUUCUGUUUAACUUGAGAUCACAGAGCAAAGAUCUCUGAGAAACAUCAUUCUUCUCUAAAUAUAAGCAGAAGUGUGUACAAAUGCUAACUGUUCCAUCAAAUUUGCAAUAGCUUUAUUGCAAGUGAAGUAUUAGCGUAACACUAGGCUUUGAAAGGAGAGGGAGCUGAAGCCUGACAAUUCUCUCUCCUCUUGUUGCUGCUUGGACUUUUGGUAAGUGAAAUAAGCUUUUUUGUUCAGUGUUUUGUUGAGAGAUGACAGUUUUCAUGUGAGCUUGUGUGUCUGAGUUUUCUCCAGACCCCUGUGCAGGGAAGAUAAGAAUAAGAGUUGCUAGUGAGUUAAAACUACUAUGUGUAUGGUACAGACCCAGGGGUACUUGUGAACCAUUGUGAAGAUACUGAAUGUUUCUCAUAUUUUCUUACAAAAAAGUCUAAGUCACAGAUUUUCAGUCUGUUACUUGGUAGAAAUAGAGUGAGUCUACGGUUUGCAUUGUGUUGAUUUGCAGUUUUCAACUGUGUAUUUGAAUUUAUACUGUUCUGAAGAGAUGAAAUAGCCACUGCCAUGUGGCUGGUUUACUACUGUACCAUUCCAAGUGCACUCUGGAACUUCCCUGCUAGUUUCCUCCUGGAGUGACACGUAUGUUUUCCUGCCAAUCCUGUGUUCCAGAAUUCUUCUGCCAUUGAAACACUGGAGUAAAUUAUUCAGCUUCUGGCAAAGACUUGUCAUGCUGGCUUUUCAAGUGGUAUGAUAACUUUGUUAGUUUUCACUGAUUAAAAAGAAAGAGAUGUAAAAUUCUGCUGAUGUAAUUUCUCUUGAUAAACAUUGCUUCAUAAGGGAUAAUUUCUCAGGUAGAAUUUUUCAUGUUUUUUCCUUAAAAUGCAAAAGCUAAUGUCAUUAUGAUUUUAGCAUUCAGGAUUCUGUUAUUAAGUUCUUGUUUUAAUACUGUACAAUAAACCUGUAAGUUUUGCAGAUGUGAUGUAACUGAGUGAAAGAAAGGAGACUGUCAGAAAAUUAUGAUCUUGUCAAAUUUUUGACUUUGUACAUGUAGAUGGAAGGACUAACAGAAAACGUACAUGCCCCUGAGACAGGAUGUCUUAAAUAUUUGACUAUAACUGUGUGUAACUUAUUCUUCAAAUUAAAAUAUUUUUUCUUCAAAAAAUACAAAUGUGUGUUUAACAUGGAUUUAAAAAAUGAAAGUUUAAUUUGCAAUGCAAGGUAUUGAUUCAUCCUUUGUUUUGUUAUCUUGGGCAGUGUUUAACACACUUGCAGUUAUUGUAAAAUAACACAGAUUUUCGAACCGUUUCUUAUACCGCUUAUUGACAGUUUCUUAAGCUUUUUA